GGUUCGUAAAUGUGUCUAGCGCAGUUUUGGACGUUGAUGUCAUCUUCUGUUCCUACCUUGUAGAUUGUCCAAUCCUGACCUAAGCAUCCUUUUCAGUCAAUAACCAAUCACAUCAACCCUUACACCCUACAUUUUAAAAGUAUAACGAUAAUAGUUCUGAUAUUAUUACCAUCAGUUCAUUAGUAUAGUGUACUCCCAACCCUUUUUUCCUAAUCUCUCGGACAAGCUUGUCAUUCAUCCUUGACGCCACUAGUUUUAUCGGGGUUUAAGUGCAUGGCUACAAAUAACGAGAUGGUUUAUUUCAUCGAUUCUAGGAGUCCCUUAGUCCUGUAGUAAAAGUAACAGAUUAAAAAAUGGUUUGUGAAGGAUUAAGACUGGAAGAUAAAGAGUGAACUAUCGGAAAUGAUCCAAGCAAAGCUAGUGAACAGUUCUAAGCAUCUUCAGUCACUAACCGCAAAUAUCUUGUCAAUCGCGACCAGUUAGUGUAUUACCACCGAAGUUGAAGUUAACAGUCAAUAGUCGCAUUGACCAUAUCCUGGUCUGUCCAUCACUUGUUUUAUUCCUUACAUCCUCUACGUUACCUAGCAUUACAUAUCAGAGAGUGUAAUGUGAACUUCUAAAUGAACUAAAAAUGAAUGAACAAGAUCAAAUUAUGUCCGAAAUAGAUCGAAAGCAAGUAACCGAGUUCAUUGUUGAAGCUUCUGAACGUUUGUCUUUGAGAACAACACUGUUGGAGCAAAAUUUAGCAGUUGCAGGCAAAUGGCCAGAUGAUUCCUUCUUCGUAAAAAAGGAUUCAACUUUGAAAAAGAAUACUGCUUUUGUCAAGAAAGUGCGAAACUUUCUCGAUAGCCAGAAAGAUGCGCUUUUAUCAGAGUUCGAGUCCCUGAAUCUUUCUAAAUAUGUCGAAGAAGUCGCAACCGCGAUCGUUGAAGCGAAAAUAAAAUUAACUGAUAUUCCUUUUAUGUUGAAAUUAUGUUCAGCGAUGUACCAACGGUAUUCAGAUUUUGGAGUGUUGUUUUUUGAUGCGUGGAAGAAAUCAUUCUCUUCCCACAAAGAUUUAAAGAACACUAAUCUUUCUAAACUACGAGUUGAUUUGGCCUUAUUCGCUGAUCUUAAUACAGUCGGAAUAUUUCGAGACGCUGAUGGUAUCCGACUGUUGGCUGGGCAAUUGACUCUUCUAACUGCAAAUGAUCAUGAUAACUUCUCCAAUAUCGGGAUAAUUAGUAGCUUCUGUAGACAUUGUAGUGACGACUGGAUAGGAGUCAUUCCGCGUCGUAUACGACUGUUAUCUGAAAAGUAUGAAAUGCCGGUUCCACGUUCCAUCUUCAUGUCAUCUGAACGUCAAGCAAAGUGUCGUACACUAUUCAAUGACUAUCUAGCUGGAGCGAUGCAUCGUUUACAAAAUAUGGUCAAAGAAACCCAACGAAUCAUCUCAGGAAACAGGGACCAACUCGAAAGUCGUGGUGAAGUUAGCGAAGAGAGGCAAGAGCGGGCGGAGCAUUUAAUGUCAGCCUGUCGUAAAUUUCAUGAGUCCUUAAGUACUUUAGCUGAUCUUUUGGACGCAGAUCCACCACUUGAUUUUUCAUCUAUGAUAAAAGAUGAAUCUAUGUCAGACUUGACCGCACCUGAUUCAGUCGAAAAAGUUGUUCAUGAAGAGGUUAAUCUGUUUGAAGAUGAAGAUACACGUUUAUUUUACGAAAGUCUACCUGAUAUCAAAGCAAUGGUACCUGCGAUCCUUUAUAAAGAAAGUGAACAAGCUGGUGUAGAAUCAAAUCAGUCAAAGAAUGAGGAUGGAGAUCCUGCCGGAAGUGAAGAUAUUGAUAUUGAUACCGUUGAAUCAGAAUUAGCUAAAGAAGAAGCAUUAAUUCGAGUAUCAGAAGAUGGUAAUGAAUCAACUAAUUGCACAUCUAUACCUGAUAAAUCAAAACCAUAUCUGUUAAAUACCGAUGAUGGUGAAGAAGAUCUAAAUCCUUCGGGGAAAGUUCUCAUGGAAACGUUUUUAACCCAAUUACCAAACUGCAUUAAUCGGGAUCUCAUCGAUCGAGCAGCUAUCGACUUUUGUUUGAAUUUAAAUAAACGAGCAAAUCGUCGACGGCUUGCUAAAGCUUUAUUUAGUGUUCCAAGAACGCGUUAUGAUUUAUUACCAUUUUAUGCACGCCUUGUGGCUUCAUUAGCCCCAGUGAUGCCUGACUUGGUACAAGAUAUCAAUUCUAUGCUUACUGCAGAAUUCCGUUGGCGUCUAUCUAAACGAGAUCAAUUAAAUAUCGAAUCCAAAUUGAAAGUGGUUCGAUUUAUUGGGGAACUUGUCAAAUUUAAGAUUUAUCCAGCUCAUCAAGCUUUGACUUGUUUAAAACAACUUCUUCCUCAAUUUGUACACCAUAACAUCGAUAUGGCCUGUGCUUUAUUGGAUACUUGUGGGCGUUUUCUUUAUCGUUUACCUAUAUCACAUAAACGUACAAAAGUUUAUUUGGAAAUAAUGCUUAGAAAAAAAGUUGCUUUACAUAUGGAUCAGCGUUAUUCUAUUAUGAUUGAAAAUACAUAUUACUAUUGUAAUCCACCACCGUCCAAUCGCCAGAUUGUCGAACCUGUGAAGUUGACACCUCAAAUGAUGUUUAUACGUCAUAUUUUGCUAACGAAAUUGGACCGAACUACCGUUAAUACUACUUUACGGCUAAUUCGAAAAAUGGAUUGGGAUGAUCAAGAACUUGUCGAAUUUACGUGCACCCUUUUCACUAGGGCGUGGGAUGUUCGCUAUACGAAUAUAAAUUGUCUAGCCAGUGUGCUAUCUGGGUUGGCUACCUAUCAUUCGGACUUUGCCAUGGCUGUUGUCGACAAUGUCAUAGAAGAUAUCCGUGUGGGAAUGGAGCUCAACCUUCCCAGUUUAAAUCAGCGUCGAAUUGUAAUGGUCAAAUACCUUGGUUUGUUGUAUAACUAUUGUCUGGUGGAUUCUCCGGUGAUAUUCAAAACACUUUACUCUCUUCUCACAUUUGGUGUUAGCUUGGAUCUUGAUUUCCCAAGUGUUAUCGACCCGCCGGAUUCAUUGUUUCGAAUUACAUUAAUUUGCACGCUACUUGAAACAUCUGGAAGUUUCUUCGAUCAGGGUAAAAAGCGACGAAAAUUGAACAUAUUCCUUAUAUACUUUCAGCGUUACUACUGGUUCAAGCGUUCUCUUCCUAUAUGGGUGCAGUCGAAAAACGACGCCGAGUUAUUAUCAGCCAAAUCAGUAACUGAAACGAAGACAGAUCUCCAUACUGGCGAACUAACGUCUUCGGUUGAAGAGCCUGCUGUAAAUCAUUCUGAAGAUUCAUUGGUAUUAAAUAAUCCUGAAUCAUCAGUUGAUAUCUCUGGUCUUAAUUCAGAUACCCAAACUAAUCUACCUAUGUUUGUUCCUGUGCGUUUUCCUGUUGCAGUAGAGCAACAAUAUUUUGAAACUUUACAACAGUUCCGUGGUAAUGUUGGUCGAGCAAAAAAUUUCACAGAAGCACAACGUCUCGUUCGUCAUCUGGAAGCCCGAUGCUUGCCACGCCUUGCACGCCUUAAGGCUACAUAUGGACUAACAAGUGAAUCAGAAAACGUGGAAAAUGGUGGUCAAGACCUAAAAAUUAUUUCAGAGAACAAAUCACUUCGACCAACUGGUCCUGGUCACAUGGAUACGAUAGCUGAAGAGGCUGAACAAGAAGAUGGAGACAUCCAGCUGGGUGACGAUGAGUAUUCUAUGGAUGAAGAAGAUUCUGAUUUGGAUGACGAAGAUGAAGAACAAGGAGGUGAAACUCAUUCAUCUCAACGCCGUCAAUCUACUGACUUGAUAGAAUCGGAUGGUAAUCGUCGUCGUGCUCGCGUUGAUAGCCAACAAUCUCAAGAGGAUAUUGAUCUCACACUGGAGAAAACAGAAGAAAAAGAAGCAGAGGAAGAGGAGAUUGAUCAGAACUAUGAGUUGAAGCCACGAUUUAUUGAUUGUCCUGAGGAUACUGCAUUUUGUGAAGCUUUAGAUAAAAUGAUCGCCGAAGCAUUAUUGUCAUCUACAUCAGGGAUUAAUAGUAGUGUCAGUGGUACAGUAACUAGUGUAACCAGUACUAUCAAUGUUAGUACUGAUACAAAUCCUGCAUCAUCUCGAACUCUCAGUGUGAAUGUUCUUCCUGCUCCAGAAAUACUACAACUAGCAGCAGCAAAGAGUCGUUUAGCAAUGAAAGAAGAUGGCAUUUCAUCGACAAAUAAAGUUAACCAGCAAGCGAUUAAUCAUCAUAACUCAACCCUUCAUUCUGUGCCGACAAAAUCUAAUGGAGAUAAUUUAGAAAUUAAUCAUUCGGAUACGUUGUCAGCUGUAAAUGGUGAAGAUAGUCAAAAUACUGUUCCCUUUACACUAGUUUCGCGUCGUGGAAAUAAACCUCAUUUAAUUCCAUUGGCAGUCCCGGAUUCAGUACAAUUUGCAGCACGUUAUAUUCAAGCUGCAGCUGCCGAGAGAGAAGAAAGGGCUCGGAUGAAACAACUAGUACUUGAAAUGCAUGAAGCUCAAAAAGAAGAAGAAAUGGAGUGGGGUCAUUACGGAGGUCCAGAUGCUGUUUUGGCUCAUCAAUUCCCCGUCAAUGUGAACCGUGAUCGCUGGGUAAAGUAUAAUCAUCCAAAAGGAGCACCGGACGCCGAUGUAGUUUUUGGAACACACAGUCAAAAACGAUGUGCCAAUUAAUGAGCGUAUCCUGUUAGAAAGAUUUGUUAAUCAUGGUCAUCUGUUUCAAAAAAUGAGACAAUUUGAAAUGGGAGAAGUUAUGGAUUGUUCGAUAUUCAACGAAUACUUGUGUGUUGCACAGCAUUCUAUGGGCAUAGCAUGUGUGCAAGUAUGUUGAGAUGCAGUUUUGAUGAGUUGAACAGACAAGAUGUUUUAAAAUGUAAUCAAUAAAAGAAAUAUGUAUUUAAGUAUUUUUUCCAUUUCUUCCUUACUUUUCAAUUGUUUUAUAAAAAGAAAGUUUUCUUAAAAAUACUUCUCAUUAAUGAAGAUACAAGUCACAUAGUAAGAUAAGACUGGGUUUUGGUUGUAUGAACUUAUUUUAUUUUGGAUUUCUAAUUAUUUAGUGUAUGUACUCAUGUUUCCAAGUUCAUUAUUGUGCUGUUUUAUUCAGUCUGUUGUUUAUUGUCCUCUUAUGUAAGAAAUAACUAUAUUAUUAUCCUUUGAAAAGUCUAAGCGAUUGCUAUGAGAUCGUUUAUCUUUAACUAUUAUGCUGCGAUCUUCACAUUCAACAAGGACUGCUGUAUUCUCAUUCUUUGUCCGUCUCGCAGUUUUUGGUCAUUGAAAAUACAGUUGUUUUAUUUCUCGUA